ACGUUAGGUAUAUCUAUAGUUGCAUCAGCAGCAAUAUUUCAAACAACGGUUUAGUCGGAAAUGUAUACCUUUUCGCGAGCGGUAGUCUGCAAAACUAACCAGUGCGGUUUCGUACAACUUGAAGGCAGGAAAUCCGCAAACGGUUUCUCAGACAACAUAAAGCGUCACUCUUCAACGGGCGGUACCGUGGCGUUAAACAAGCGGCUGGCGUGUGUUUGAUGGGUCGUCUGCCAUCACUGGGGAUCUCUCGUUCAGUUUGCUAGCGGAGGAACAACAGCGGCAGCGGAUGGUACAGAUUCGGUCUUCAGCCUGUAACCGAGAUUUGUUACCGCACUCCGUGCCUAUGUGAAACAAAGGGUGACAUUGUCCUGUAUGGAAUGACAACCUCACACAGAUAUAUUGAAUCAAAACCAGCAGCUCCGUUUGCUGACAUGGAGUGGAGGACACCAGCGGUGUCAGAGAAGUUUCAAAGCCGUUUUGGCCGCCGGCCUGGAACGGCAGACAGCGGGGACACUGGUCUUGGCACCUCAGCAUCUGACAGCACAGAAGAUUUCUGCAGUUCCAGCGGCAGCCCCCCUUUCCAGCCCAUUCGCAGUCAGAUCCCCAUACCCACUGCACAUGUCAUGCCAUCCACGGCCGGAGCCCCGGCCUCGAAGCCUCAGUCGGUGGUCCAGGAGGACUCGCUCUCCUCUGAGGGUCACAGGUCUUCCUCUGGCUCCAGAACCCCAAGUGGCUCCACUUCAAAGUCUUCCCCUCUCUCAAAGUCAGUGUCUUCGCCCAACCUGGACGCUCCACCCGCUGUGGGAGGGGAUCAUGUGGGGCCAAAGCCGGACUGUCUGAGCCGCUACCGCAGCCUCGUCAACGGGCUGGACCACUCUCUUUUCCCCUCGGAUCACACGCGGAUGGACGAGUGCCAGAAGUUUGACACUCCUGCCGUGGAGCCCACGCUAAAUCAGUCAGCCCUGUUGGGGGGGUUAUGCUCCGAUGUCAGACUCCGAUUACAGACUGCCGGCAUCCGAGAGACUCCGGACUGCAUCUCUGAGGCCUACAGAGGAGGCAUGGAGCACAGCUACAAGGUGCUCCCUGAAGCUAGGUCGGGGCUCCCCAGCCAAGCGGAAACUUCGGUUCAGAGGGGAAGUCAGCCCGCUGUGGCCGGAUCCGCUGGAGUUUACGCAAACCCUCUCAGCCUGCAGACACAAGCUCUGCUGAGGGAGCACGCAGGCUCCAAGGGAUAUGAGCCGUUGCGGCAGGACCGAUGUGCUGAACUUUCCAGCUGGCAGCAACAACAGCAACACAAGCAUCAACUGGAAAGUCUACGCAUGCAAGUGGAACAAAUGCAGCUUAUGAGUGCUGGAGUGUCCCAGUAUCCAUCUCUGUAUUCGUCGCCCGUUCACUCCGAGUCCGGCAAAUGGGACGCUCUGGUCAAAGCCAGUGAGAGUCUGCUUAAGGAAAAAGAACUUAUCAUCGAGAGACAAAAGCAGCAUAUGACCCAGAUGGAGCAGCGUCUGAGGGAGACCGAGCUGCAAGUCCAUGGAGCCCUCCUGGGUCGAGGAGCAUCUUACGGGGAUAUGUGUAUGCUGAGGCUACAGGAGGCCCAGAGGGAGAACGCCUUCCUGAGGGCGCAGUUUACGGAGCGCACAGACUGUGUGGUACUCGAGAAGGUGGAGGCGGAGCGCAGACUGGGGGCAGUCGAGGCAGAGACUCGCCGACUAACGGACUGCCUGAAGGAGGCCUGUGAGCGACACGCAGAGGAGAUGAAGAAACAGGAAGAGAGGAUCCGCAGUCGGGACAAGCACAUCAACAACCUGAAGAAGAAGUGUCAAAAAGAGACUGAGCUAAAGAGGGAGAACCAGCAGCGCAUUGAGACUCUUGAGCGCUAUCUAGCUGACCUACCAACCUUGGAGGAUUACCAGAGUCAGAACAAGCAGCUUGUGGAAGCCGAACAGCAGGCAUCUCAGCUACAAGAGAGGCUUCGAGAGCUGGAGGUCUGUCUAGAGACGACGCGCUCCCAACUCCGAGAAAGAGAAACACAGCUGGAAGAUCAAAAACGCAGGGAGAGGGACCUGCUUACAACCAUUACUGAUAUGCAGCAGCGGGUACAGCAAGGCCUCGAGGAUGGAGCCAGACUGCCUUCCCUGGACAUGGAUAAGUUCAGAGGAGAAAACAAUGCAUUGAGAGAGGAGCAACAUAGACUCAAAAAGGUCAUCGAGAAGCAGCACCGAAUGAUGGAACAGCUCGGCUCCCAGAUCCAGGCUUUGGAGGAGCAGUUAUCCCAGGAAGAGAGCAGCUCUCAGGCUGUCAGAGAAGAUGUGUUGGCCAAAGAGAAGAACGUGUUGGAGCUCCAUACAGCCCUGAGGGAGCUGUCUGCACAGAACCAGGAACUGAUGGGUCAGAAUCUGACCCUGCGGGAGCAAAUAGGUGAGCCAGAGCAGAAGAGCACUAACGAGGCGUCGUCUGGCCUGCAGCCAGCCGGGACUCGUCUAACUCAGCGGCUUCAUGUGGAGAUCGCGUCCUGCCUCGGUGACCUGCGCUCCUUGUGCAGCAUUCUGACCCAGAGGGCUCAGGGACAAGAUCCCAACCUGUCCCUGCUGCUCGGUAUCACGUCACCUCCACCGGUUACAGAGCAGGCAGAGGACUGGAUGAAUCCAGAGGUGCUGCAGAAAAAGCUGCUUGAAGCGCAACAACUCCGUCGGGAUGUCGAGGAACUCCGUAAUGUAAUACUGGACCGCUACGCGCAGGACAUGGGGGAGAACUGCAUUACCCAGUAACCUUGGCAACCAGGUGAUAUAGGAAAGGCUGCCACGCCGGUCUCUAAAACAGGCCCGUUUUUGAUGACUGAAUGUCAGAAAGUGGACUAUUUUAAUUUUUCCAAAAUGAGGACUGAGGAAAGCCCAAAUGGUUCUACUUCUACUUCUCUGGACUGACUGUAGGUUGAUUUUCAAGCCUGCCUGUAGCUCAGCAUCUCUCCC